UAAUGUCUCCUCCGUCUUUCCCUUCCCCGACCCCCUCCCAGACUCCUUCAUUCCGGUGCUGCGUGGACGGAAAGCCCCGGGUAGCCGACACCACGUCCCCGGCUAGCGAGAGAGAGCGUAGAGAAGGAUUACACCAAACUGUUUAAAGCCAACGGCGCCUGCUUCCUCUCUCCUGAGCUAGACCCAACAAGCCUAGAGAGCUGGGCUACGGAAAAACUAGUGUUUUCAUUUAAUUGGAUAUGAAGAAAGAACAAAUAUGUACGGGGGCAACCACGAUCUUUAUAAAGAACGUAAGUUCCAGGAAAGCAGGAACCUUGUCUCUCUUGUUCACUGGUGUAUCCUCUGCAUAUAGAACAGUGCCUGGCACAUAAUAGGUGCUGAGCUUUGUUUAAACACUGCCCUGAAGAUAUAACCUUUAGGACACCCACCCCAAGACUGAGUGAUUCAAUAGACCUCCAAGGAACAGUGCCAGGUACCGACUGAGGAGCAUCACAGGCUCAGCCACUGUUAGUUCUAGGCAACUCUUCUACCCAGAGCGUUGUUCCUUGGUGAAUCAGCAAGCCUAACAAACAUUAUCAUUUCACUUGCAUAAAGGUCCACUGGUGGUUCUUAGUGACUCAGAUACUCAAACGCAUUUUUUAAAAAGUAGCAUUUUCCAGCAUCCUCAACUACCUAGAACAUACUAAAAACCUUUGGAGUUUGGUGCUUAUUAAUGGAAGCUAUGAAGUCUAAGGCCAACUGUGCUCAGAACCCGAGUUGUACCAUAAUGAUAUUUCAUCCAACCAAAGAAGAGUUUAAUGAUUUUGAUAAAUACAUUGCUUACAUGGAAUCCCAAGGCGCACACCGAGCCGGCCUCGCCAAGGUGAUUCCACCCAAGGAAUGGAAAGCCAGACAGACCUACGAUGAUAUCAGUGACAUCUUAAUAGCCACUCCCCUCCAGCAGGUGGUCUCCGGGCAGGCAGGUGUGUUUACUCAGUACCAUAAAAAGAAGAAAGCCAUGACAGUGGGGGAGUAUUGCCAUUUGGCGAACGGCAGAAAGUAUCGGACUCCACCACACUCGGAUUUUGAGGACUUGGAGCGAAAAUACUGGAAAACCCGUCUCUACGAUUCUCCGAUCUAUGGCGCUGACAUCAGCGGCUCCUUGUUUGACGAAAACACGAAGGAGUGGAACCUUGGACACCUGGGAACCAUUCAGGACCUGCUGGAGCAGGAGUGCGGCGUGGUCAUCGAGGGCGUCAACACCCCCUACCUGUACUUUGGCAUGUGGAAGACCACCUUCGCCUGGCACACGGAGGACAUGGACCUUUACAGCAUCAACUACCUGCACUUCGGGGAGCCCAAAACCUGGUACGCGGUGCCCCCAGAGCACGGCCAGCGCCUGGAACGCCUGGCCACGGAGCUCUUCCCGGGCAGCGCCCGCGCCUGCGAGGCCUUCCUGCGGCACAAGGUGGCUCUCAUCUCGCCCACCGUCCUCAAGGACAACGGGAUCCCCUUCAGUCGGAUCACGCAGGAGGCUGGCGAGUUCAUGGUGACGUUUCCCUAUGGCUACCACUCCGGCUUCAACCAUGGCUUCAACUGCGCAGAAGCCAUCAACUUCGCCACCCCGCGCUGGAUCGAUUAUGGCAAGGUGGCCUCCCAGUGCAGCUGCGGGGAGGCCCGGGUCACCUUUUCCAUGGACGCCUUCGUGCGCAUCCUGCAGCCCGAGCGCUAUGAGCUGUGGAAGCGCGGGCAGGACCGGGCUGCCGUGGACCACACGGAGCCCGCGGCGCCGGGCAGCCGGGAGCUGCGCGCCUGGAGGGAGGUGCGCGCCCCCGGGAGAGCCGCGCUGGGCCUGAGGCACCUCCCUCCGCGCCGCGCCCCGCGCGCCCUGCGGCCUGUGGCCGCUGGCCCGGGCACCCGCCGCCGCACCCCUCUGCGCCCGGCCUCCGCGCGCCCCUUGCCCGCGCAGAGCUCUUCCUCUGAUGCCCAGUCCGGGGCUGUCCCCGCCCGCACCUCCCGGGGGUCUGGCCCCAUCCGGCCACCGCCCCCCAACCCCUCUGCCCCAGAUCUCCAGCCCCCCACUGGCAGGUGUGGUCCUGGUCGUCGUCCUCGGGAACAGGGUGCUCAGGGGCCUAGCAUCCAGGCCCGGGCCAAGAGGCGCCUGUCGGUGGGAACAGGGCACGCAGUUCAGCACUGCAAGGCUCAGCCCCUUCCUGUGGAUGGAGGCUGGAUGGACAAGCCGGCACCACCAAGCCCUGGGCUCCGGCGAGCGGCUGAGGCUUCCGGGUCCAGCUGUGCCCUUGUCCCCUAAUCGCAGGGGACACCUUUGUAACCCACUGCUCUUGUGUGUGGAGGCUCCUUGAGACUGGCCACAUUUACGUCAGAGCUUUGGGCGAGCUUGCAGGUCGCUGGUCUUGCUUGAGAGUCCUAUGAUGUUGCCACUGAUGCGUUGAGUCCAUGUUCUUUACCAAGUUCGCCAUAGUUUGUUCUUUCUGCCAGACCCUGGAAUGUCUUUGGACACUGCUGAAUCCCAUGUCACCAGCUGAGGUUUCAUCCACUAGGCACUCUUGUGUCUCUGAGCUGGGUCCUGCCGAGGUGGCCAGAGCCUCAUCUCCCCCAGACUCCUAUCCUCUGGGUCAACUAUGAAUGCUGCUGGGUUUUGGUUCUCCUCAAUCUCCCCCGCUUUCCUCUCCCACCUCCCUUACCCCAUCCUUGAAAAACUAGGCUCUUUUGACCAAAUGGGUCAGUAGAGGCUCGGAAAAUAAUUUAUCAUCUUUCUGAGUCUUUGAUGUAUUCAAUAUGUGUUAUCACCAGUAUUUGUUCACAAAUAUAUUAAAGAUAACCAAAAUGUUCAAAUCUGACUUUGUUUCUAAUAAAUAUUGUCCAUUCAACCAAUUGAGGGGUGGAGGUUAUUCUCUUCUGUACUU